CCGUAGCACUCAAAUUCCAACCUUCAGCAAGCCAUAACGCAACCAUGGAUUACCAGAAUCGCGCUGGCUCCAAGUUCGGUGGCGGUGGUGUCGCCUCGCAAUCCGCCUCCAACGCAGAUCGGCGAGAACGUCUUCGCAAGCUCGCGCUGGAGACGAUCGAUCUCGAUAAGGACCCUUACUUUUUCAAAAACCACGUUGGCAGUUUCGAGUGCCGGUUAUGCUUGACAGUUCACCAGAACGACGGCUCAUACCUCGCUCAUACGCAAGGCCGCAAGCACCAAACCAACCUUGCACGCCGCGCGGCGAAGGAACAGAAAGAAGGCAAAGCUCAGGAUGGAGUCGUGCCGGGCGCGAUGGGUGUGCAGGUCAAGAAAAAUAUGGUGAAGAUCGGACGACCCGGUUACAAGAUCACAAAGACGAGGGAUCCCCUGACCAGACAACUCGGGCUGCUGUUUCAAUUACAAUACCAAGAAAUCACGCCGGGAGUAGUGCCGCGUGUGCGAUUCAUGUCGGCGUUUGAGCAGAAGAUCGAUGAGCCGGAUAAGAAUUUUCAGUAUCUCUUGGUCGCAGCCGAGCCAUAUCAGACGUGUGGGUUCAAGCUGCAGGCGCGUGAUAUUGAUCGUCGCGAGGGGAGAUAUUGGACGUGGUUUGAUGAGGAUAGCAAGGAGUUUUGGGUUCAGAUAAUGUUCAAGACGGAACGUGAAGAGAGAUAUAGUGGUGUUCCUGGUUUAGCUCCUCGACCAUAAGCUACCGUUCACAUGGACAUGUUAUUUUCUUUUAUAAUGGCGUUUGGGCGGAAGAAUAAACAUUUGCUACGGCUAUUGAUGGCGAUGUAAUUAUUUGGAGUUCGAUAUUGAGAUGGUUCUAGGUUUAUAAUGCUACAGAAAUCCACA